AUGGAUGAUUCCAAUGGGAGUGCAGCCAAUCCCAGCGGUGUUCAGGGUCAGGUGAUGCCCAUGGAGGAGUUGGGGUGUAGCUCAGGAUGGGGGGAGCAGGGGAAGAGAGAGGACAGGCGGCUGGCGGGGGUGUGUGGUCUGGCUAACAGUGGUAACUCCUGCUACAUGAAUGCUGUGCUGCAGUGUCUCUUCUCCACUGUGCCGUUGGUGGAACACCUUCUCAGCUCACACAAACGCUCCCAGCUGGCCAAGCGUAACAGUCCUGUAGCGGGGGUGUUUGUGCACCUCUUCCAGGAGGUGUGGCAGGGUCAGGGGGGUACCAGCUUCACCUCUCCAGGGGAGAUGAGGGCCUUGGUCUCCUCCCUGCACCCCCAGUUCAACAACCAAUCACAGCAGGACGCCCAGGAGCUACUCCUCCUCCUGCUCAACGCCCUGCAUGAUGACCUCAAGAAUAAGGGGGAGAGACGUCAGACAGGUUCUUCCCAGCGGUUGUGUCUGGGCAGGAAGUCGCUCAGCUCGGCGCCAGCGGCGGGGGAUUCUACGGUGGUGACACGUCUCUUCGAGGGACAACUCAGCUACCAGAUGCUGUGUCUGCGCUGCGACGGACACUCUCACAGCAACCAAGUCUUCACCAUCCUGUCUCUGCCUAUACCACUGGACUCAUACAAGUGUUCCCUACAGGACUGCCUGUCGCUGUUCUUUCAGCAGAGUACGUUGACGUGUGGAGAUCAGAAGUUGUGUCCAGAGUGUGGAGUCAAGAGAGACACAGCUGUCCUCACCAGCAUGGCCAAACCACCUGAGAUACUGGUGCUGCACCUCAAACGUUUUGGUUGCCAUGGGAGUGAGAAGAGGAAGUUGAGGACCAAUGUGUUGUUCUCAUUGGACAGUUUAGACCUAACCCCCUUCCUGUCCAGACCCUCAGCCAAUCACACCAGCUACUCUCUCUACGCAGUGGUGAACCACACAGGAGACCUGGACAUGGGUCACUACACAGCCCUGUGCCACAGUACCCUGUCCAGCAGCUGGCACCACUUCGACGACACGGCCGUGAGCGAGGUAGUGGACUUCUUGGUGCAGUCUCCUAACGCCUACAUCCUGCUGUACAGCCGUCAACCCUUCCACAGACCCACCAUACCCCAGAUCUGACCCACCACAGACCCAACAUACCCCGGAUCUGACCCAACAUACCCCAGAUCUGACCU